UUGUUCGAUCAACUCUUGAAAAGCAGCAAAAAAACGAAUUGACACCGUUCCCUAACAUAGAUGAGCCAUUCAAUUGUUACUCAACCAUAUGCAGAUGGAACGUCGUCGUGCGCGAGAUUCGCGAUUGAUUUUUGCAAAACGGGUUUCUCCACAAUCAGAUCAACUGGUCGGAUGACGAAAAAAAUCUUUUGAAUGAACUUUAUGUAAACAAAGAUCACCCUUCCCUUUUGCAGGUUGCGUUGUGGGAGGAUGUGCCGGGUUUGGGGUCACGGCGGGUGCCCAUCGGCUGUGGACUCACAAAGCGUACAAAGCCAAACUACCGCUGCGGAUAAUCCUGAUGUGUUGCUACUGCAUGGCUGGCCAUAACAGUUUGUUCGAUUGGGUCCGAGAUCACCGGAUACAUCACAAGUACUCGGAGACGGAUGCUGACCCGCACAAUUCGAACCGGGGUUUCUUCUUCGCCCACGUGGGUUGGCUGCUGCUGAGAAAACACCCGGAGUGCAUCAAAAAGGGACGGCUGAUCGAUAUGAGCGACGUCAUGGCUGAUCCCGUGGUCCAGUUCCAUCAGAAGUAUUUCGUCCUGCUGAAGACGCUGUUCACCUAUCUGCUGCCAUCGCUGAUCCCGUGGUACUUCUUUGGCGAGGACUUUGUCCUAUCUUUCCUGGCCAAUUGUUUGUUGCGCUAUUGCUUGACGUUGAACUUCACGUGGCUGGUCAACAGCGCCGCUCAUAUGUACGGGACUAGACCAUAUGAUAAGCGAAUGAUGCCGGUGGAAACGAAGCUGGUGUCGAUUCUCGCUAUGGGCGAGGGUUGGCACAACUACCAUCACGUCUUCCCCUGGGACUACAAGGCAGCCGAACUGGGCAACUAUUCCACCAAUGUGACUACCUUCUGGUUGGAUCUAUUUGCCAAAAUUGGUUGGGCGUACGAUUUGAAGGAACCUUCAAAGGAACUGGUCCGGAGGACGAUCGAGAAAUACGGUGACGGAACUCACAUCACCACACCCAUCGCGCAUUUGAAGGAAGUUUCAGAUUCGGAAGAGCCAAAGCGCGACUAAAAGUCGUUGGAAUUUCAUUUUAACAUUAGCAAAGUUUUUAAGUGUUGAAGUAUAGUAUUGAAACCAAUUGUAGAAUUAAGUCUCAUCGAAUCAGGUUGUUAAAGUACAAUUGAAAAACAAACUGUUGAAGAUAUUCAUCAACUAAAUAGAGCCAGAUACACGGUCAUGGCUGAACUGUAAAGCGCCAGUUGACUGAUUUGCAAAUACUUCGAAAAACCUGCUCGACUACCUCUACUCAGUGUCACGUUUUACUCAAACAAUCAAAACAUUAUUUGACUUUUCCGAAAUAAAAAUAAAACAAAACACCACCAAAAUUCAGCCGGUGCUAGUGCCGAAGAUUUUUUUUUCAAAGUGUGGAACUGUAGAAGCAGAACAGCGAAACUCUCGAGGUCACAGCGUAUACCAUUCAUCUCCGGCGAAGCAUUACACAACUAUGUGUAACCCUCACUAAAAAUAUGAAAAAAAACCAAAAAAAGCUCAGUGUAAACGGGUGGAAACGAAAAGAAAAGAUAAAAACAGACGAGAUAAAACGAUUCAAAAGCUCCGGUUUGUCUCGCACUAACUAAAGCAAACAAAAAUCGGUCUUGGGGCUCAAAGACCCAACGGUCGAGGAGGAGGGCUAACGGCGAUUUUUUGGCCGCGUGUGGACAACCCGGUGACCUUGACUCGUGCAGGCCGAAAAGGAAAAGUGCACUGCCUAAGUGCUCCGAAAGAAUGACAUACAAAAUUCGGUUUUAAUUUUAUCAUAUCAAUUAGAACUACUUCUGAGAACAUACCUUUGACCACGCUUCAUUGGCACCUCG